AUGAAGCCGGAGCCUGCCAAGAACUUUUCAAGAACGUCAUGCUGCCUUUAUUCGGUUUUAGGGGAUUGCAGGACCCUCUUACAGUACAGUCCUAUAUAUGUCUUCCCAGAAGUCCCAUUGAGUUAAAUGGGACGUCUAAGAUUGUGUUUCUGACCACUAAAUACGUGGACAUGGCAAAUAAGAAACUGAAAAGAGCAGGGUUACCACAGGAUCUUUGUGAGAGACUAAGUCGACAUCAGAUCAUUACUUGUCAGGAUUUUUUAUGUCUUUCACUACUGGAGUUAAUGAAAGUGACUGGACAGAGUUACUGGAAUGUGCAAAAACUUCUUCACACAGUCAGUCAGUCCUGUGCUCCCAGAAUGCAAACUGUUUAUGAAAUGAAAAUGAAAAGAACAAUCAACUCUUCGUCAGCCUUUUUGCCCACAACACUGGAGGAUCUGGAUAAAAUAUUGCAUGGUGGAGUUGCCUGCAGCUCUCUUACAGAGAUAACUGGCCCAUCAGGUUGUGGCAAGACUCAGUUUUGUAUUAUGAUGAGCUUGCUGGCCACGUUGCCCACCAGCAUGGGAGGAUUGGAUGGGGCAGUUAUAUACAUUGAUACAGAAUCUGCAUUCAGUGCUGAAAGGCUUCUUGAGAUAGCCCAGCACCGUUUCCCUGAUUAUUUUGCAACAGAAGAAAAGCUGAUUUCAAUGCCCUGCAGAAUUCAUCUCUAUCGGGAACUCACCUGUGACAGUGUCCUUAAAAGGAUUGAAUCUUUGGAAGAAGAAAUUAUUUCAGCGAAUGUUAAACUAGUAGUAGUUGACUCUGUUGCUUCUGUAGUCAGAAAAGAGUUUGAUGCAAAACUUCAAGGCAACCUGAAGGAAAGGAGCAACUUGUUGUCUAGGGAGGCAUCAAUACUGAAGUACUUGGCUGAAGAAUUUUCAAUACCAGUUAUCUUGACGAAUCAGAUUACCACGUGGCUGAGCGAUGGCCUUGCUACACAGGCAGACCUGCUGUCUCCAGCUGAUGACUUGUCCCUGUCUGAAGGAUCUUCUAGAAAUGGAGAGUCUGACUAUGUGACUGCAGCACUGGGGAAUACUUGGAGUCAUAGCGUGAAUACAAGACUCAUCUUGCAGUAUCUGGAUUCACAGACAAGACAGCUUCUGAUUGCCAAGUCCCCCAUUGCGCCAUUCACAUCUUUCCUAUACACAAUUGAAAAUUCUGGAUUCAUUCUCCAAGAUAAAAAGGACCAGACAUGUUGCAGUUGGGAAGGAACAAGUCCAGCACUGCAAGCAAUACAAGUGAGGAAAGACACCUUUAACAAUGAACCUGAAAUGGCUUUCUCCAGUGAGACUCACUAGUACACAUCAGCAGUUAUAACUUGAAGGAAUACAAGCCAUUGGAACAGGGAACAGGCACUUGAUAAGAGUAAAUUCUAUGUGAUUCUUGAUCUGAAGCAGCUUCUGCAUGUGUUGCUGACAGUGAUGGUUACUAGACCUUCUGAACAGAUGAUAAAUUUUUGAGUCUUUAAUCUUACACAUUCCCCUUAAUUUACAUUAGCAUAAACAUAAUGGAAGGAAAUUUACUUGAUAUUGUUUGCUGUUUAAUUUUUUAAUUUUUCUGUAUAUUUUAUAUAGAUCUCUGUUGUCUGAUAUAACAAAAAAUAAUCCACCCAGAUUUGAGAAACUGCAGUGAUCUUUGUAAGCUUUCAAACUGUGUGCAGCAUGACCUUCAAAGCACACCAUCAAAACGCAAAAGAUCAACAUGAAUCGCCACUACUUGGUUUCCAUUCUCAAAGCGCUAUACAAAUAUUAGCUAAUGCAAUACAAUCUUGCUUUAUUUAUCAAAGUGUAUACCAAGUUAGUGAGAGAAAAUGGCAGAAUUUGCCCAUACUUGACAGGAAGGAUACAUUCACAUGGCUGUUUUACAGCGAAACAUCCAACCACUGCAAGGGACACCCACCUGUGAUAUCAUCCUGAAUCCAGCAGCAGCGGCAGCAGCAGUGAGAGGGAGACCAGUCUGGGUGGUUCAGUCUUUCCAGCAGCUAUUGUACUAUGAGUUGACAACUGUCACAAAUAAGCACUUCUCAAACAUUAUUUUGUUGUAAUUGUUAGAACAAUCCUGUAUAGUAGAUCAGUAUUAUUCUCUCCAUAUUGCGAAUAUGGAGCUGAAAGAGAGUGGCUUGACACCGCAUUGGAAAACCUCAGUCCCAGUCUAAGGCACUCAAAUCUGUUUGGCUGGCAAAUGGGAGUUGGCUGUAAGGGUAUAUAACCAUGAGUUAUAAGAUGAGAGGUCUCUUGGGAAAAUAUCUUAACUAUUCAGCCUAGCUAGGGAGGCGCUGUGAAUUCUCAAAAUACAGUAUGAGCAGCUGAAAGUUUUGCUAAUUCAGUACAGUAAGAUGCAGAUUACUUCAUUAACCCUCAGACUUUUCCCAUUCAUUGAAAUGGAGGGAAACAGAAGGACCCUCCAUUUCAAUGAAUGGAAAAUUAUUAUGGCCAAGUAGGAAGGAAAGAUUCCACGUGUGCAAAAGAACUGACUGCAUCAGAUCAUGACUCAUAUUCUGCAUAAACCCACUCAGUUUAGCAGAGACCAUCUCUUAGUCUUUAGAGCCAUUGUUUGGGGCCAAGACUGUAUUGUGUUUUGGUUUUUUUUAAUGUACACAUAGAGGGGAUAGUGUCAAUCCAGAGAGAAUAUUUUGGAAGCAUACUCUCAUACUAGCUCUCUUCUCCAGUCACAAAGAACUUGUUGCUACAACUACCAACUGCAUUAUUCUGUUUCAGUGAACCACUUUUUUUAAAAUGCAAAUUAGAUCUUGAAUGAGGGAACUUCUCCCACUUUCUGUGUUACCUGUUGGAUAAUUUAAAAGAAGAUUCUCAUUCUGAUGGCAUAGCCAACUUUAACUGUUGUCUUUAACUGGCUAGAGCAGGAACAUCAUUUGGAUAACCAAUGAAUAUUUUGUGGAAGUAUUCAAAGGCAGAGAAGUGCUUCCCUCUCUUUUCUUCAAACCCCCCCCCCAUCCACCAGAUGAUCACAUGCCUAGCUCCAGGACCUUUCAGCAGUACAAUAGGCUGAAUGGCAAGGGAAAUUCCACUGAGGAAGGUUUAAGUCUCCAGGGAAAUGCCAUGGUCUGCAAGCCUAAAAUCUUCAGGAGGGGGAGGGGAGUAGGAAUGUGUCUAUAGUGUACUUAUUUUUUUAAAAAGCUUACAAUGCAGGAGUUGUUUAACCAGAUUCUCCUGUACUGUUGGAACAUUAUGAUUUUACAAGGACAAAGCUCUUAAAUAUUUUCUUCAGUCAUUCUCUCUAGAGAUAUUUCACCCAAGGAACUAGGGUAUGCAUAAACAUUCAUCAUUUAAAGUUUUAUUCCUUCACUGUCAUGUAAAUGGAGUAUUGGUAUUUAAAAAUGGAGAAAUGAGUGAGAUGCUUGAAAUAACAUCAGGUUGUUGGCAGAUUUUUGGCAGAAAUAGAAGAGCACUUUUUCAUCCUCCCCUGCUUUUGAAAUCCCAUGCCUGAGAUUCUAGACAAUAUUCUGCCUCUAUUUUCACAUUUUAAGGCUGUAUCAACAAUAGCAAAUGUCUGUUACCGUCUUUGUUGCUUGUCAUUCCUGCUUUGCUGCUUGUUGUCCCCAUGCAGCAUGCUUUGUAUGCCUUGUACAACCCUAUUUACAGUACAGUGCAUACAUCUCCCUCCCACAACUUCUGUGCUGUACCUGACCAAGGAAUAUUGGAGGUGGUCACAGCACAAAACUGCUGGAAGAAGUGUCACCAACUCAGAGGUGCUUGGCCCCAUUCCCCAAGCAACAGGUUCAGUGUAUAAUUCAAAGAAUGAUUCCACCACUAUGCUGCUAGUUUCUGAGACUGUUCCUCCAACAAGCUUGGGCUUUUGCCUUUAUUUUGUCAUUAUGUAAUUCUAUGUUUCUGCAGAAGGCCUCUCUUUUCUCUCCACCUUUCUGCUGUUGAUGCUAAAAUAAUUAAAUGACUUUUGCUAUAGUAUUCUUGUCCCCACAGUAUAUAAAAAUAU